GCAAAGGUUGAGUCACCUUUUAACUGCAUUGUAACCACGCUUUUAACUUGGUAUCCAGGCACUAAGCGGGUACGGACAAGCCUCGUACGUGCCGAAUGAAAGCCGAAUAGAACCGAGCGAGCAUUGGGCAUGCCGAUUGUUCAAUUUCCGGUCGGCUGCUUGCCUGCUGUCUGCCUCAGCCUGCAUCGUUAGCUUUUAUCGUGGUAGUUUGGAGUUUUGCCUGUGUAGUUUCAAAAGGGCUUCCAAACAUGAGUGUUUUAAACUCCGUUGUGAUUUUGUCAUUGUUUAGCGUUUCUCUCUUUGUGAAUUCAAAUGCAUCAGUUUGGCCUUUACCGACCUCCAUCUAUCUCUCCGGACCGCCUCUUCCGAUUUCGCCAGUUUUUACCUUCAAAACCUCAUCAACAUCGGGCGUCCUCAAACGUGGAAUCACUCGCUACUUGGAAAUAAUUCUGCAGCAAAUUGUUGGGGAAAACGUGGAUCACCAUCUCAGAGCUAACCAAACCUUGAGUGAACUUGUUCUGAGUGUUCGCAGUGACAACGAAAGUUUGCAAGUUGAUACUUCCUACUGGUACAUUUUAAAAGUAAGAAAUGGAAAGGCUAGUAUUGAAGCGAAAACCCCUUAUGGUGCACUGUAAGUGACCCAAAAUAUACUUAACUAAUAUAGUCAUACCAGCUCCCCUCGCCUCACCUUUUCCCACCCCACCCAAAAACAUUUUUGACAUGCCGUUCUCCUCAGGUAUCAAUUCCAACCGAGAGGGGCUGGGUACGAAUCCCUUUAUUAUGGGAUAAACAACAAUUUUGGGAUAAACAACAUGAGACCCACAUAGUCAGAAAGAGCACAUUGAGGUUAGCAACAUUCUCAAGCUUAAUGUUUCUUGGGCCUAUAUAUAUCGAACGAGAUCAAAAAAAAUACAGCCAUUCAAAAACUCCAAAAUUUACUAAGAAAAUAUAUAGAUGUCCAGAGUGUGUGUCCUGCAAUCUAUACAUCUCUUAUUAAUUUUCAAGUUUUUAAAUAGCUCUAUAUUGUUCAAUAUUGGCCCGAUCAACAGCAGACUUGAGAUUUUAAACCUACAUGUGUAAUCUCAGUGGGCUCUUCCUGACUACUUGGCAGUAGGUCUCCUGUUGUUUAUCCCAUAACAAACUAACCCAUACCCAUCCCUCCUUGGUUUGAAAUUUGACAAGACACUAGGCAAUAGACUCUGAUAUGAUAACUCCCUUGUAAAGAAAAAACUGAGAUUUGAAGGAAGAUAUAUAGUAAUUCCAAGUUCAUUUUAAUACGGCCUGUCAGUAGAUAUACUGUAGCCAGGAUCCAUGGUGAGUUGAACCUGCACUGGCCUGAUCAAGCAUUUCAUUUUUGUGAGAAGAGAGGGAAAAAGAGAAUGCCUAAAGGGGUGGCGAAUGGUAAAAUCUGAGACUCGCUGAGACGCAGAGCUCCUAGUUAGAAAUCCGAGCCCAAGACUCUUUGGUAAAAAGUUUCGAGACUCAAAAAAAUUAAAAACAAACCAUGCAAAAACAGGACUUCAAGACUUAUCAAAAACGCUUCUGAGAUUUCGGGAUCCUGCCAAAAUUUUCCGAGACCCACGUUUUUCGUGGUACCAUCCGCCACCCCUAGUUGAGGUCUGGAGUAGAAUAGGGUCUCGAAGAUGGAUCCUAGCCAAUCUAAGUGCACUUCAUUUUAGCAGAUAUUAAAAGUAUGAAUUUGACUCCUCUUGCAGGUAUGGAAUGGAAACUUUUUCUCAAUUGAUUGUAGAUGGAAAUUUGAUAAACAGUACAGUCAACAUUGAUGACCAACCGCAAUAUGUGCACAGAGGCCUUAUGUUAGACACUGGGUAAGCAUCAUGCAUUCAUCUCUCAAUAAUUUAUAAUUCAGUGGUGGUUAAAAGGUUUUUGUUGCUAUUGAUUGUAUAUUUUUUUUUUGCAGGCGUAGGUAUUUUCCCUUUGAGCUUGUGAAGAACAUUUUGGACGGCAUGAGCUUUGUGAAGUUAAAUGUGCUUCACUUGCAUAUAUUGGACUGGUGUAGAUUCAGUGUACAGAGCAAACUGUGAGUAUUCAAAGUACAGUCAAAGCUUUCAUAAGCAACCAACCAAAAUGGCAAGAAAUCCCUGAUUUCUAAUAAAAAAUUACCCUAUUCCAGACUAAACUGUUUGAAAACCAUUCCCUUCACAGCAGCACUUGUCAAAUAGUUUAUAUAGUGUGUAUUCCAGUACCCCCUGGUACCACUGGUUGAGUAGGCAUUUAUGGGGAGGGAUGAAAUACAAGCUCCCUAAAUAAGCCUGCAUGAAAGGCUACCUGAAACUGUGCCUUGCGUUAGUAAUUCAUUCUUUGGAUUGUAGGAAUGUUAUGUUUUACAUUUGAAAUACAUUUUAUGUGUUUCGUCUUUUCACUUAAUCUUUUCAGUUACCCAGAACUACAAGAACACACGACUCAGUUUUAUACCCAGGAGCAAAUCAAAGAUUUAGUAUCUUAUGCUGGUGACAGAGGAAUAAGAGUUAUUCCAGAGGUUGAAUCAGCGUAAGUUUGCAAUUAAAAAUCAAGAAGGGUAGCAUAGACCUUAAAAAACUUUGUUUAUGCAUGGCUAGUCUCGUUCUCUCUACGAGGACAAACAAAUGUCCUGCUCAGGCAAAAUGGCCGCCACUUGACAAAAGUCUAUUGAGGCAUUUUAUGGUUGUGGAGGGGUGGGUGUGGGGGGUGGGGGAGGGGGGAGGGGCGAGAGGCUGCGCGAAACACUAGAUUCCCUUGCACAUUGCACAUAGAACAUUCAACUACCUAAUCAGUUGAUAAUAUUGCCCUACUUCAACAAAGAAACAUUUAUUUCAGUAAUGGAGGGUAGAAAGGCUCUUAGGCAUCAAGUUUUUAUGUACAUGGACUACAAGUGUCAGCAUUUCUGUGGUCCAUGUGUAAUAUUAUUGCUAUGUUUUACAAGUCUUGUAAGGUUGUUCGUAUUUUCCGCCCUCUGGAAGCAAACAAAACACACUUACUUGUUUGUCAGUUGGUUUAUUUCAUUGUUAUGUUAUACUUGUUAUUAUGCAGUUCCCAUGUUGCUGGAAUGAUUGGUCUGAUCAACAAAACAAAAGGACUGAGAUUCUGCAAUGAUUCAGGAUUUCUUGAACUCUAUAAUGACCCACAGGUAAGAUUAACCCUUUAAGCCCCAAUAUCCACAAACAAAUUCCCCAAACUGAUCUCUAUACAUUUCCUUUAAGAAUUAGUUAAGAGAACUUGAUAAAAGAUCAAAGUAUUUUCUCUUAGGUGAUCAUUUUAUUAAUUCUCAUAACCUCAUCUCAUGACAAUGUAUGGGUAUCGUUAGGAGAAAAUUGCUGUUGGUCACUAUUGGGACUUAAAGGAUUAACUGCAAUCAACUCUCAGAGUUUCCAUUCAAAAUAUCCAUGACUACUGAUGACUAUUGCUGAUUAUCUGUUUGGCUACAUAAGAAAAUUUUUUAACCAAGGAAGGUAAACCUCGAGAUUUCUACUGACAGGCAGUUGACAAGGCUGAUUAAAGCGCUGAGUGAACUACCAAAGCAAGUAGAAAAAGUGGAGACUGUUGGAGCCUUCUUAUUGCUUUAAUUUUUUAAAGUCUUCUCAUGCCUGUCUAAUAUUCUACUACAAAGCUGAUGUGCUAUUUAAUAGCAAAGUUUUCAAGAAAGUAAAUAAAUCCAUUGUUUUUUGUUCAUAUGGAGGCCCUGCCGGGGGAGGGGGGGGGGGUCAAUUAUGUCGCCCAUCUGAAUUUUAAAACAUCUCAUGUCGGUGUUUAUAAAUGCUUGUCGCUUAUUGUCGGCUUUUCCGUCACUGUCACAAUUUGGCCGAGGGAGGUUGUCUCUUGUCGCGAUUUCAUUUUAUGCACUGUCGCGACUUUUUGGGUCACGUCGCUUGUAGGAAUUUACCCUGGCAGGGCCUCACUAAGUGUUAUUGGGUGAUCUGGUUUCCCCUCAGGACUUGGCAAAAGUCCUCAAGUUGAAGUGUCCUCUAUUAAAUUAUUACAAAACACCAAUUAAUCAAUAAUUAAUAAUUAAUUAUUAAUUAUGUAGCAGAUAUAACACUAAAACCUCUUUUCAUAAGGCUUGAUUAGUUUAAAAAAUAUAAUUUAUCAUUAUGAGAAGGUUUUUCCGUAGUUUGAGUCCUUUAGUUAAUACAUGUUAGCAGUGUUUGUUUACUCAGACAUGUAUAUGAUAUCCAAUUAGUAUUAUUAUUAUUACUAUAAUAAUAAUAACAAUAAUAAUAAUAAUUAUUAUUAUUAUUAUUAUCAUUAUUAUUAUUACCUUUACUUUUAUUAAUGAGUCUUACGGUGUACUUGCUUCGACAAGGGAGUAACUCUUACCACAAUGAAAAAUAUCCUUGAAGAAAUGAUGACAUUGUUUCCAGACCAGUUCUUUCACCUGGGUUUAGAUGAAGUUACAACAUCCACUUUGUGCAGUAUACAAAGUAGGUCAAUUUAAUUACAAAAAGUUGAUUGUGGCAUAAUGAAAACUUUGAAACAUAAUCACUCUUUAACGUUACAUGUAUAUGUUUGUACUUAGUUUUUUAUCUAGGUAAUUUUUCUUUUUCUUUUCUUUUUGGAUAUGGUAAUGUAUGCUAAUGAAGUUGAAAUAAAAGAAAAAUAAAAUUACCUAUGAUAAAAAAAAUACCUAUAACAAGUGAUUUUAGGUUGACAUUUGUUACAAAUGAAUAUAUAUUUAAAUUAGAACUUCUCAUUUUGAAGUGAUUGAAGAUAGUGUGGUUUUUCAUUAAUAGCUAAGGACAGUUUUGGGAGGAUCGAGGUAUUUAUUUGAAAGUUGGUCAAAUGCGACAAAAGGCUUUUUUUAACUAUGGCAUUUUUAUUUUUUGUAUUAAACUACAGAAUUAGUAUCUCUUGGUUUCAAUAAUUGAAAUCAGUCUUAUGGUGUAUCUUAAAGAGUGACUGACUACAGCCCUCAUUUGGGGACACCACUUAUUAAUUACCUCUUUGUACAAAAUGUGGCAGUUAAUUGAGUGAAUACUGGAUGCAAGCUUUCAUUAUGACUUAAUAUGAUUUCAUCAUUAUGACUUUAAGUUUGACAUAGUGUGUUGUCAAGCAUUACUUCAGGUAAAAGCAAAUCUCUGUAAAUGCAAUAACUUGGGUGGUUAUUUUCUACACAGAUACCAAAAGCCUAGAGCAAGAACUAAUGAAGUUUCUAGUACAGAAGGGAAAAAUUCCAUAUGCCUGGCAAGAGGCUUUGAUAUCAACUUCCGCUGUAAGCAUUAUGUAUUAUAUAUCAUGCACCUUAUUCGCCUGGGUGAAGAGCUGUUUUGUGAAAAUAUCCUGCAGAUUACUGGGUGUUAUUAAAUCUUAUUUAUUAAUUUAAUUAUGACUUAAUCUCAUUUAUUGAUUAUGAUUUCAUAAUAGGCAAUAAAAGGAACAGUGCUCCAGGCAUGGAAAGGCUCAGUAGUAAAAACCCUUAUAGAUGGCGGAUUUCAAGUGUAAGUAAGAAAGAAAGCUGACUGUAUCAAUUUUGACAAAUUAACAAUAGUUUUGAUCAAGUAAGACUUGUAAAGUUGAACUUCUGAAGUGAUAAGUUGUUUUCCCCUAACAAAACAUUAAUUAGAAAGCAAACAAAACAUACCCUUAUAGACAGCGGAUUUCAAACUUGUAAACAAGAAAGAAAGCUGACUGUAUCAAUUUUGACAAAUUAACAAUAGUUUUAGUAAAGUUGAACUUCUGAAGUAAUAAGUUGUUUUCCCCUAACAAAACGUUAGAAAGCAAACAAAACAUAUUUGGCAUUUUACCGAUCCUUAAAUUAAUUUGAUCCGUUUGCAUAGGAGAGGUUCGUCUAUAUUAUUAUUCAUCUCCAUCUUGUUUUUCAAUUUGACAGGAUCAACUCUCUGAGCAGCAACUUUUACCUAAGUAGCCUUGUGGAUUUUAGUGCACUAUGGACUAAUAUUUCAGCCGGGGUAACUAUCAUUUAUAAUAAGUCUGUCUUUAUUUUAGUUUGAUCUCGUCCCAGGGGCUUGUCGGUUUUGAAAAUUAGAAGACCCUUGGGACAAGUUUGCAAAUUUUCAGACAAAAUGUCAAAUGGCCUCCAUGAACAGCAUNCAGAAUUAGUAUCUUUUGGUUUCAAUAAUUGAAAUCAGUCGUAUGGUGUAUCUUAAAGAGUGACUGACUACAGCCCUCAUUUGGGGACACCACUUAUUAAUUACCUCUUUGUACAAAAUGCGGCAGUUAAUUGAGUGAAUACUGGAUGCAAGCUUUCAUUAUGACUUAAUAUGAUUUCAUCAUUAUGACUUUAAGUUUGACCUAGUAUGUUGUCAAGCAUUACUUCAGGUAAAAGCAAAUCUCUGUAAAUGCAAUAACUUGGGUGGUUAUUUUCUACACAGAUACCAAAAGCCUAGAGCAAGAACUAAUGAAGUUUCUAGUACAGAAGGGAAAAAUUCCAUAUGCCUGGCAAGAGGCUUUGAUAUCAACUUCCGCUGUAAGCAUUAUGUAUUAUAUAUCAUGCACCUUAUUCGCCUGGGUGAAGAGCUGUUUUGUGAAAAUAUCCUGCAGAUUACUGGGUGUUAUUAAAUCUUAUUUAUUAAUUUAAUUAUGACUUAAUCUCAUUUAUUGAUUAUGAUUUCAUAAUAGGCAAUAAAAGGAACAGUGCUCCAGGCAUGGAAAGGCUCAGUAGUAAAAACCCUUAUAGAUGGCGGAUUUCAAGUGUAAGUAAGAAAGAAAGCUGACUGUAUCAAUUUUGACAAAUUAACAAUAGUUUUGAUCAAGUAAGACUUGUAAAGUUGAACUUCUGAAGUGAUAAGUUGUUUUCCCCUAACAAAACAUUAAUUAGAAAGCAAACAAAACAUACCCUUAUAGACAGCGGAUUUCAAACUUGUAAACAAGAAAGAAAGCUGACUGUAUCAAUUUUGACAAAUUAACAAUAGUUUUAGUAAAGUUGAACUUCUGAAGUAAUAAGUUGUUUUCCCCUAACAAAACGUUAGAAAGCAAACAAAACAUAUUUGGCAUUUUACCGAUCCUUAAAUUAAUUUGAUCCGUUUGCAUAGGAGAGGUUCGUCUAUAUUAUUAUUCAUCUCCAUCUUGUUUUUCAAUUUGACAGGAUCAACUCUCUGAGCGGCAACUUUUACCUAAGUAGCCUUGUGGAUUUUAGUGCACUAUGGACUAAUAUUUCAGCCGGGGUAACUAUCAUUUAUAAUAAGUCUGUCUUUAUUUUAGUUUGAUCUCGUCCCAGGGGCUUGUCGGUUUUGAAAAUUAGAAGACCCUUGGGACAAGUUUGCAAAUUUUCAGACAAAAUGUCAAAUGGCCUCCAUGAACAGCAUAAUUUUAAAGUCUCCACCAGAUUUCUGGAUUUUACCAUCUAAUGAAAACUAAAACAAGAGAUUUGAAGAGUUAAUCCCAUGUAUUAUUACACAGUAGUAGUAACAGAUGAAAGGAAAAAUAGUCGGUGAAUAGUAAAUUACAAAACCAGACCAUUAAUUGUUGGAAUUCAAUUAGUACAAAGACACAUUUUAGCUUAAAGGAUAGCAAAUAUCAUGAAACAAUCCCUAAAUAUAUCUUUUGUUGUGUCUGUUUGCAUUAUUUUGAAGUUAAAUCCAGACGAGGUGACACUUGUUCUGGGUGGUGAGAUGGCCAUGUGGACUGAUGAUUACUGCUUUGUAGAUCAGUGCUUUCUGUACAAGCGAGGAAAACCUGACGCAUGGUGGAUGUUUGGACCCGAGAGCGAUUCACAAUUUACUGAGUCAGUGAGUGGAAUUGUAAGUAUCUCUGGUUAUAAAUACAGUAAACUUCCUCUUAUGACCCUCCCUCGCUGAAAUUCCCCCACCUCCCCCCAGUUACAGGCCCAUUUACCUGUACACAAAAAAAAUACAACCCUUUAUAAGCCCUCUGGAUAUAAGCCCCCACCUCCCCCCACUUAUAAGUUCCCCAGUUACAGGCCCAUUUACCUGUAAACAAAACAAUACACCCAGUUAUUAGCCCCCACGGAGAUAAGCCCCCACCCUCCCCCACUCAUAAGUUCCAGGCAGUAAAACGCUAGAAAGGUCCUUUGGAACAAACUAUCUCAUUUAAUUUUGUCAGCCAAUUGUAAUAAAAUGAACAGAAAACGGUGCGCAUUGCUGUUUGCAAUGUGUACGGAAUUAAGUGUCCACCAGAUUUCUGGAUUUUACCAUCUAAUGAAAACUAAAACAAGAGAUUUGAAGAGUUAAUUCCACGUAUUAUUAUUCCGGAAUGCAGUUAAUCGAGCUUGCUAUUAAGAGAGCCAGCGCGGCAAACCUGGCCAGCCCGUCCCUUGGAAUCAGGCCCUGAUACAGAUGUUCUUUAAUAGGUUUUUCAGGAUGCGGGAUUUCUCUUAUUUGAAGGCCGGGAUUUUGAAGCGAAAAGAGAGCGAGAUUCGGGAUUGAAAAUAUGUUCGGGACGCGGGAUAACCAUUGGGAUUACGGGAUUGCAGGAAAAUAUAAGUCGGGAUGGCCUCAUUGAAGUAUUAUUCGGGGACACUCCGAUAUAUACUAAUGAGACAAUAAAAUUUCAGAUUUCCGGGUCACGGUAACAACCUCGACCAAGUAAAACCUUAAUAGUCAGUUUUGAUUGAGGACUGUCGUUUCUCAAGCGCUACUACUAUCUAUGAGUCGUGUUCCACUCGGCAGUAAAAUCUAAAUAGCUCGUUAUCAUUUGUCCUGACCUGUUUGGUCAAACGCAUUGUCUACCACUGGUAAGGUUACAGCCAAGUUAAAAGAAAUUGAGCAAACUUUCUGCACACCCUUCAACCGCCAGAGGGCGCCUGUGUAUAACCACGUCCCUUUUACCACUCGUGACGUCAUACGUUGGAGGGUCAUUGUCCAACCUCGUUUCCAGUGUUCUCACUCUUGCUCCGAGAGACAAUCUUUCUUUCUUGAAGCAAGAGAGAGUACUCAGGGGAACAAGGAUGGUCAUUGUCAACUUUGAUACUUCACUUGUACAGGGGAACAAGAUCUUUGCAAAACCAUACCCAAAUAAGCACCGUUCAGUGAAACAUAAACGAGAAAAUGGGCAACAAAUAAUGUAACUUUAACUAGAAAAUAUUCCAAUGAAACUCUUGUUUCACAAGCCCACUGAAAUGCCUUGAAAUGCACUUCUUGAACUUCGGGGAUUUUGCGAAAACCUCUUCCUGCUAAAAAUAAAGCACUGUUAAUGCCCAUGAGGGACAGAAAAAAAAAACUUGGGAAAAGCAAAUAAAUUAAGGAGGAAAAAUUGACUGCGCAUGCCCUAACUUCGAAAGUGUAAUUUGGGUUUUUGGCACGAGGAUCAAGUAAAUUACAAAGCAAACAAAGCGUACUGAUUGAAUGAUAAAACAAUUAGCGAGUGUGGUUUGCAAAAAAUAAAAUAAUGGUUUCUUAUUGUCUCACAGAUCAAUUAUUUGCUACGUCCGCGCUCGGCAUAAACCAAUAAUUGAUUUGUUCGCAAAUGAUCGUAACUGACGAAACACAUAACUUUUAAUUUCUCUCCCUCCUUCAAUAAUUGUUAAUUGUUUGUUCUUGUAGAGAAUGGUGCAGCGUGGCAUCCUUACUUGUCCUUCCAGGUGUAAAUGUGACGUCCUCACUAGAUGUGGUGAAAAGUAUCCACAACCCUAUUGACUAAUUCUUAGAAUAAGUUAGCUUAGGAAGAGUGAUUUUAUGUGACAUAUCUUAUUUAUCUUAUCGAGAACUCCACACACUGAAAGGCUUAGAGCUUAAAAUUUGGCUUAAGUUCACAAGUUUUGCGACAAAAUACCUGUUAGAAUAGUUCUUGAUGUGUUCUUUCGUGUGUUCAGGUUUUCUAAAGCGUCUUUAAAUGCCCUGCCCUCACAUCUUCAUUCAUAACAUUUUGAAUUUUCUACGCCAUCUUUGCACCACUGAGAAGUACAGAACGUUGCCAUGGCAAAUUAUGUAAUUUCACAAGUGAAAUUUUAAAUUAAUGCUGAAAUCUCCCGCUAAAAGUAAGGAGUAAUCUGUCACCCAUGAUAUUAUAGAGUUUACGCACAGGACGGCAGAAAUAAGAGGACGUCAAAACUCUUUUGAGUGACAAACGUGACAGGGCUAUUACUUGCGAGUUUUGUCGUGGUCUUCACUUAUCAUUAAUAUUUUCUGGUCUUUUACAAAAAGAUCUCUUUAAAGAAAGAUGAAGUUUGGCGGAAAGUUAUUUCGACAAAAUUAUUGUCACGCUUUUCACAGAAGGUUUGCCGUCUUCUUUUCUCUUCCGUCCUGUUGCGUAAGCUCCCUAUUAUCAGUGUGACGAUGCGUGUUAGUUCCCGCUGACCGGGUUGUCAUGGUUACCUCCCGUGCUGCCUUGCGCCUCCCUCCUUUUGACCAGGAACCUUCGCCACACCAAUCUACUGGCGAGAGGUUUAAUCAAGGGCUAGCUACGUCAUGUCUUCUUCCUCUUGAAUUCUUUUGCUAGAAUUUUCAAGUUUGUCUUUCCAGUCCCCACUUAUCUUCUCAACCAUCC